AUGUUCCCCAAGGAAUCAGACCCAAGUGGUGAUCCUGACAGCUGGACUUAUGAGGAACUCCGUAGAUGGCUCGCAGCUAGAAAUCUCCACCCAAACUCGAAGGAUACUCGAGAGCAGCUUCUAGAGCGCGUCAAAGCCAAUUUACGAACCCCAAGAGCAUAG